ACAACAAAAAUCUCAAAACACUUGCGGCGCACAGUCCGUGUGGGUUUCUCGACAUGGCACUCUUUCACUUAAUAUCCAGCUGGGCUGCUCAGGCGCUUUUAUUUCUCUUAAUUGUGUUUUUCAUCGUGUUUGUCGCGUUCUGUUUGUACAUUAAAAGUAUUCACAUGAAGUAUGACCACAUACCGGGACCACCCAGAGACAGUUUUUUGCUCGGACAUAUUCCAACGUUCAGGAGGGAAAUGCAAAGCGGACGAGUUGUGCACGAAAAGUUCCUGCAAUGGGCUGAGACGUACGGGCCUGUUUGCAGGAUGAAUGCCCUGCAUUUUGUUCUUUUGAUCGUGACCUGCCCAGAAACGACAAAGGAAAUUCUGAUGUCCCCCAGUUACCCAAAAGAUAAAUUUCUGUACAAAAGACUCUUCAACCUAUUUGGUCAAAGGUUCCUUGGCAAUGGCCUGGUUACAGCACGGGACCAUGAGGUUUGGUACAAACAACGUCGGAUCAUGGACCCUGCCUUCAGUAGUCUGUAUCUCAGAGGUCUAAUGGAUACCUUCAAUGAAAGAGCAGAAAAAUUAAUGGAAAAACUUUCAGAACUGGCUGAAUGUAAAACUGAGGCACCAAUGCUUCACUUGGUCAACUGUGUUACCCUAGAUGUCAUCUGCAAGGUUGCUUUUGGAGUUGAUUUAGACCUGCUGAGGAAGGCGUCUCCUUUCCCAAAAGCCAUUGAAAAAUGUCUGACAGGGAUGAUUCACUAUGCCAGAGAUCUCACGUUUGAGUACUAUCCAAAGAACUGGCAGUUCAUUAAGGAAGUGAAGGAGGCCUGUCGGCUACUUCGCACAACUGGAGUAAAGUGGAUCAACGAAAGACGAACCGCCAUUCAAAAUGGGGAGGAUGUCCCCAAAGACAUCCUCACACAGAUCAUCAAAACUGCUGCAAAAGAGGAAAUCAUGACAGAAGAAGAUGAAGAGUUUAUGCUGGACAAUUUUGUGACCUUCUUCAUUGCUGGUCAAGAAACAACAGCUAACCUCCUUUCUUUUUGCAUCAUGGAACUAGGAAGACAUCCUGAUAUCCUGGAAAAAGUGAGGAAAGAGGUGGAUGAUGUCAUUGGAAUGAAACGGGACAUAAAUUAUGACGAUCUGGGGAACUUGGUGUACCUCUCUCAGGUGCUAAAGGAGACGCUGAGGAUUUACCCAACAGCUCCUGGUACGUCUAGACAGGUACAAAAAGACCUUGUCAUUGAUGGGAUCCACAUUCCAGCAGGAGUGACCAUGUUUUUUGACUCCUAUGUGACUGGGAGGAUGGAAAAAUUCUUCAAGGACCCGCUCAAGUUUGAUCCUGACAGGUUUCACCCAGAUGCUCUGAAGCCUUAUUAUUGCUACUACCCCUUUGCUCUCGGUCCACGCUCCUGCCUGGGCAAGACCUUUGCUGAGAUGGAAGCUAAAGUGGUGAUGGCCAAACUGCUGCAGAGGUUUGAGUUCACGCUCGUCCCGGGACAGACCUUUGACAUCUUGGACACCGGCACUCUCAGACCCAAGAGCGGAGUGGUGUGCACUGUCCAACAAAGGAAAUAAAUGGCCAUAGCAACGUCAUAGAAAAGAAACUAUUGACGCUUUUGGGGAAAUGGAGUUUUGAACUUAAAGCUGGAGUACCUUAUGUAGGGUUUAGUGCCAUCUAGUGGUGAGGUUGCAGAUUGCAUUAUGCUGUCGCUGGUCACAGUAUUGUUUCCCUUCAUGUUUUCUCUUAUUUGGUGACUGGGACUCAUAUUCUCUUGCCUUCUCUUGUGAUACGGAAGCCUCCAUUUGACAAAAACGAGGGUUCACUAGCAACCAGAAGACUGUGUAUAGGGGACCAACCACUGAUUCUUUUUUUCUUCAGUCUUCCAGUCUUUUGCUUCAAAAUGUGAAUACCAUGGUAUGUGUAUAUGUCCCUGUUGAGCUACUCUACCAACAUGGUGGUCCAGUAUGGCAGCAUCCAUGACAGGGCCAGCUCCAGUUAAUAUAUAUAAAGGGUUCAUUCUAAGCUUAUGAAAACACUUUGACUUCUUGUUGCAGGUAAUUACACGUUAAUGAACACACUAUUAUGAAUACUAUGUUUCAUGUUUGCUAAUAAACGCCCCAAAUUCCA